GGGGGGGUUGUGGAUCUCUGGGGAUAAAAGGGACCGAGACACACUCGGGGAUUCACCCGCCUUUGCUCACAAGACGACGACGCCUCACCGCUCCUCACCUCAAGAGGCUCACAAUGGCCACUACGAGCAGUGCUCCAACCCGGAGCUCCUCAUUGCCGUGCCGUGUCGCUCUCCUACUGUCGGGCCUCAUCGCCCUCCUGGGUCCCGCGGCAUCCAGGAGUGCUCCUCUCGUCUGCCUACAGGCGUGCGAGAGCUGUCUGGAACCCGCCCAGCCCGAGCCGCUCUGCUGGAUGCAGUGCCUCGGGGAGUGCAGUCGCCUUGCGGCACCAUCUGCUGACGGCUCCGAGAUUGUGCUCCUUGGAGGAGGAGGAGGAGAUGAGGCGCCAGAGGGAGGAGAGGUCUCCGCCGACAAGCGGGUCCAGGAGAGCGCCGACGGCUACCGGAUGCAACACUUCCGCUGGGGACAGCCUCUGCCCGGCAAGAAGCGGCAGCCGGAGCAGAGCCAGGGGGUCCCUCUUGGCAUGGGGAGCGACGAAAACGCACGGGUGGUGAACGGAGGGCAGGCUUGGGACGAAGGGUGGACCCUCGACGACCAGGCAAACGAGGUGAACGCGCGGCAGUGGUCGGCGGCACCGUCCAAGAAGGACUCGACGCCUCUGAGCAUGCAGAAGGAGAACCCGGAGCUCUACCAGAUGAACCACUUUCGGUGGGGGCAGCCGCCGACGCACUUCAAGCAGAAGCGCUACGGCGGCUUCAUGCGCAAGUCGCCGGGCUACGCGCACCUGAAGCCGCUGGUCACGUUCUUCCGGGACGUCAUGAAGAACGACAGCCCGACAAUGCUCAAUAAUUAGGCGGCAGACCCCCCCCCCCCCCCACCGAGCGACGGAGCGAAGGGGAUCCAUGCGCGGGCGGGAGGUUGUUGCCACAGUUGCCGUGGCUGUUUUUGUUUUUGGGGAGGUAAUGCUGUAACAGCUCCGGUGCCUUAUAGUUUCUGGAGAAAAAGUGGCCCGUGAAAUUUCACGGUGAGAGUGCCCCCCCCCCCCACCCUUCCCCUGCAAAUCCCACCCCAAAACCUCCCGUUUCUCGGCACUUAUGACUGGGAUUGCUCAUCAUCAUACAACACUAUUCCCCGCCGUCAAUUUCUAUAACUCCAUAAGAAUAUAAUGGUGAAAAUUCUAGAUUUAAAGCUUUCGUGACUGCUAGGAUCCAUACUCUUUGGUUCUAUUGGGUAAAGUCACGUAAGUGAAAUAACGUGACCAAAGAGUAUAAUGGUGAAAGUUGUAUGGUUUAUUUUAUUUUUCGCCAAGGUCAAAAAAGGCCAUAGGGUGUGCAAAGCUCAUCGGUAGUACAACAGGGCCCUGGUUCUUUCCCGUCAGAUCGAGCCCCAUAUUUGACUGCACAAUGAAAACCAGUCCAAGUCAGCGCUGUGACUGAGACUGACUCACAGUUUCGAAGGAAUCGUCUAAAUAACUGAAAUGGAUUAAAAAAACACACCUACAGUGUGGUUGGUGGCUAGGUUUUUUACAGAUACAACCAAAGAGUGGACAGAAUGGCCUCGUGUUUACCACCACCGUUAUUACCAAACACUGCCUUACACGACUGAAAACUAUUGGAACACUCUGAGCAAUCGCCCUCAUUCACGAACGGUCAUAGUGUUUUUAAUAGGUUCAUUAUAGCUAUUCACAAAAAACGAAGUCUUCAACCCCACCACCUUAAAUAAAAGUCACAGAAAGCACGGCAUGAUUUGCGUGUCAAGCUGAAACAUUCGUGUGCAAUGGUGUGCUGGAAUUUGAAUUUGGUAAACGCCCGUGAUUUUUCUUCACCAGCACCAAUGCGGACAAGACAGCAUUGCCUGCGCAAUAAUGACCACCACCUCUCUGUCAACUGAUCCUCUCUCUUUAACAUCACACCCUCACCCGUAUGUAUCAACGUUGUACUCCCAAACACGCUCUGGCAUCACGCAUAAUGACCAAUAACAAACUCCCGAUGCGCAUUUAACUCCUCCGCGUGCGUUUGUCCUUCAGUCCGCUAGUUAUGACACUCUCUCGUUGUCGACACGCCACGUGCCUAUUUAUGUGCUCACUUGAAAUAAACACAUGUAACCCAC